GUCGCCAUCCUACGAUUUAAAAACUCGCGUGCUGCAAAGUGAAAUACAACUUUUAGGUUGUUAACUACAAAAUUUACCGAUGAGUAAGGUUAUUAAAUGGUACUUUGCAGUGACAAGUCUGAUGUUCAGCUAUAUGUCGUGAUCAUAUAGUCGUAUAUGUAGUCUAAAACUGCGGUCGUCUCGACUUCGCUGCUUCAAGUUCAGUGCUUGUUCGUCAGUUUUCGGACGUAGGCCACCACCGGGCACCAGGCACCAGCCACCACCACCAAUGGCCGUAAAACGUUUCAGAGGCGCACCAUUUGGGGUUCAAACAGCAAGAUUCGAUGUCACGGCCAUUCAUCCAACAAAUAAAGUGCCAGGGACAUUUAUCCAGGUGUCAUAUGACAAACGAUCUACAACAACACAGAUGCGAAGAUUGGGACCAGGCAGUUAUGACAUAGAGAUUGGAAGUUUCAACCCAGCAACCAUACAACAGAAUGCGACGGGCCCAGGGUGGCAAAGACAAUAUGAAAUGGCCCAAUUUUCUCAGCUCCCCCACAUCCGUCAUCGAAAGCAAUGGAAACACAAGAAAAACAUUGAACGUAAAUUAGGCCCAAGUACAUACGAAAUUCAGGAUUUUCUUGAAGUCUUACACCAGAAACCCAGAAGUGUACUGGGAGUCUGUCAGAGUAAAGAGUGUAGAUUCAAGGACAAUGAUAAGAACAUACCAGGUCCUGGAACAUAUGGCAAGGCAGGCAUCCCAUCUACGCUUCUAGAAGAGAAGGCCAUGCGGUCAGCGAGUACCGUGGGCUUGCUAGACGCUGGUUCCAGUACACCGAGAACCCUGCCUGGCGUGGGGUCAGACCUAGGACCAGGCACGUACAGUUCUCAGUGCUUCAUUGGAAGAUUGGCCAAACAGGUCACAAGUCUUCGCGGUCCAUACGACAUCUACACAGGCGAGAGAGAUAAGCCCCUGACCACUGGUCAUUAUGCUAAAAACUUAGCUGGAAAUCUUGGCCCUGGCCACUAUGAGCUGAAUUCAUUCUUGGAGGAGUGGCACUCAAGUCAGAACAGUCACAAGGGAACGUUCAGCAAGGUGGAGCAGUAUCAACGAUCGCCUUCAGAGAGGAUCUAUUUUUCCUGCCUUUCACAGUGUCCUAGGAACGAGACGGAACCGGGACCAACGCACUACUCAGCGAGAGAUGUGAGACGCACAUGCAACGCUGUGAUUAACUCCCCGGGGUUCCUCUCCUCCACAACCCGCAACGACAAAAAGGCAGAAAUCUUCUUCACCAAGAACUUUAACAGCGUCGGGCCAGGCCGCUACCAGCUGCAGCGAUGGCAAGAGUCGCAGCAUAGGAACGGCAUGUGCAGCGCUUUCAACUCUGGAUCCUCCCGUCCGGGACCCGUCUCAGACAAAUUCCUAAGGGAAAGGAUACAGUCCAAAGUGAUUCCAGUUAAAGACAGGUUGUUCAUCGUUGAUCCAGUAAGUGCCAAUAGCAGAGUAAUGCUUCCUGUACUGUGAAUCCAGCCAGGGUUACUUUGUGUUUGUAAAUCAUGUCUACAUUGUACCGUAAUUGAGAAGAAUAUCUGUGAUAGUGAAAUGCAUAACACCAUGUGACCCACGUGGUAGUGUCACUGGAGAGUUACUAACGUCUCUAACGAAAUACUAUAAAUAAAUACUUUUAUUUUAUAAAACUUACUGCAUUAAAUCUCGAACUUAAUACACCGAUUAUGAUCGUUUGUGAUAAAGACAGUGGGACAUUUUCUUUUGAUAAAUUAGUUGAAGAUUUCGGCGAGGAGUUACUGUUAAAAAUCUAGUUUAGUCGGACAUAACACACCAAACAAUCGGUGAAGGAAACACGAUGGAACAUGGUUUAUUAUUGACACAUUAUCUAUAUACGCAGUACAUUCAUAUUUCACGUACAAUAGGGAUGCAAUGGAUGUCCACUCAAGCUGGAAUAUCAUUUCCAUGUCACGUCCUUUCAUUUUUCAUGUAGCAUAGAAACCAUUGUUUCAACAUACAAUUUAUGCUUUCUUAUAAAUCGCGUGCAAAGGAUAUAUAAAAAUAGUGAAGAGUACACACGGCACACAGGUUGCGUGAUAACCUCAGCCUACAACCGAAAAACUUGAGCAGAGCACAACUUUGGAACGCGACACAAACGAACUGGGUUAAUGGAGAACACUAGUGUGCAACUUUCAACAUUACCUAUGCCUAAAAUGGGUUUUAAUUAUACUACACAAAUUUUCCUUGUUCAAUAGUAAUUAGAAGUUAACUACUUGCUUUCAAACCUGCACGAUUGAUGUUGAUUUAUUUCCAGAUGUGACCAUCACCACUUUUCUCACCCCCACCAACAUAAUUUUACAUUUGUUAUCAUAAGCCCCUCGACUAAAGCGUCAAAACAAAAUCCGAAAAGCCAAACUUUAGUUACCGUCAUUAGAAGCAGCACAUGCAAUGGGACAAGCCUAGCUCUAAGAAACAGUUGACUGUAUACACACAUAAUCUCUCAAGUGUCAGGCUAGUGUAACCAUGAACGCUAUGUUUUACAUGUGUUCAGAGCAUAGCCCACGACACACCGACAGGUUCUAAAUGCAGUUUUUUAUUUAGUUCUUAUUAAUAUUAAACGCAGCAUAGCAUAAAUAUAACGACGAUUUCACAAAAAAUAAUGCUGAAAACUGGGUCAGUUGGAAGAACAACUCGUCGCCUUUUCGACAGUGACACCCAGGAGUAUUGUUAUCAUGUAUUUGUGCACAUAGCAAGUGCCACUUACACUCACACAGCAGACACGUGCGCUUCUCCACUCCUAGAAGACCAUACACGAGGGAAAUAAUUUAAGCAAGAUUACGUGUUAAGAAACUGGGACAGUAGUCAGUGGCCACGGCAUCGAUUGCAGAGACUGCGACACGGGCCGCGAAGCGACCCCCCCCCCCUGUGUCAUGACAGCGUAACCACCAGCUCUGACAUGCCAAAUUAUUGCCAUGCGCUUAAGUCGGAAUACAAGAAAACUUUCGAGGAUAUGGCGCAGAAAGAGAUCGAGGGGAUGGAAACUGCCAACUGGUUAGUGGCAUACAUGACAGGUUUGAACGCUGAUACAAACAGCACACAUUUACCCUUGCAUAUCGUUAUCAUCACUACCACUACUACAACAGCCAUAAGGCAUGCACACAGCAGAAUGUAUCGCAAAGACUAGUCUAAUGAAAAGUAAUAACGGCGCUUUCGUUUUUCCUCCCUUGCUCGCAGAGGCAAGAACAAUGAGUGCAUUUCACGCAUGCGCGACUCUCGAGUCUCCACCACACCCACACGUCACACUAAUCUCUUCCACCGAUCUCCAGAGUAAGGGAGAAACACACAGCACGACCUGAGACCGCAGAGUGCCAUAGUAUAUCAGUCAUAUUAUAUCAGCAGCAUUUCUGAUUAUCACAGAAGAUAAAGACACUUGAAAUGACAAGUAUGCAUGGAAUGUUUUGUUGUAAACGUCGCAUAAUGUCAAUUAACGACUUCCGGCUACGAUAUCUGAAAAACCCAUCGCUCGAACCUAUUUACAAUACGUACAAUAUUUUUUGGCACAGUUUCGUCUCACCAAAAAAAAAGAGAAUCAUUUGGUGUUUUCCCUGAGAUCAUUGAUACUACCAAGAGCGUAUAAAGAAGGAGAGCGUACAACAGUGAAAUGCUGAAACCAUGUUGCAGUAUUAGUCGAAUAAAUAAACUUUCCAGUUUCAUUUUAACGAUUCUUUGCGGCAUUAUUGAUUAGCUGUCCUACCUUGCUAAUAUAAAACAAUCCGCUUGUCCCUACGAUGCCCCUACGCUGAGAUAAUGAGCGGUAAAAAUCGAAAUCCGAAUCAGAUGACUAGGCACUGCGGCUGUCUCUCGUUUUGUGGCCAGUGUGUUGCUUCCGGUUGCCGGCGACCGGUUUAGUAUACAUCCAGCGUGAGGUGGGCGCGAGGUGGG